AGCAUUCAAUGUGCAACAUAGUUUCUUCUUUUCUAGUCUCUCAUAUUUCUAGUUCUUAGGCUUCGAUCCAAAAUUAAAAUCAAAGCAAUGUCUCUUCCAGAAACACAAGGCCAGACCCUCUCAGAUGCCUGGGACUAUAAGGGCCGCCCUGCGGAGCGGUCCAAAACUGGUGGCUGGACCAGUGCUGCCAUGAUUCUAGGUGGAGAGGCAAUGGAGAGACUAACAACACUUGGUAUUGCUGUUAAUCUGGUGACGUAUCUGACUGGUAUUAUGCACCUGGGCAAUGCUACCUCUGCCAACACUGUCACCAACUUCCUUGGAACAUCUUUCAUGCUUUGUCUACUUGGUGGUUUUAUUGCUGACACCUUUCUUGGAAGGUAUCUCACCAUCGCCAUCUUCGCCACCGUGCAAGCAACGGGUGUCACAAUCUUGACAAUCUCCACCGUAGUCCCCAGCCUCAGGCCACCAAAAUGUGUGGACAACACAGAUUGCAUCCCUGCGAACGGAGAACAACUCACGGUUCUUUAUUUGGCCCUGUACCUCACUGCCCUCGGCACUGGAGGUCUAAAAUCAAGCGUCUCAGGAUUUGGCUCGGAUCAAUUCGAUGACACGGACCCAAAAGAACGAAAACAGAUGCUCAAUUUCUUUAACUGGUUCUUCUUUCUAAUCAGCCUAGGUGCACUUUGUGCAGUGACAGUUCUGGUUUACAUACAAGAUAAUUUGGGGAGAGAAUGGGGAUAUGGCAUAUGUGCCUGUGCUAUUGUGCUAGGCCUAAUUGUGUUCCUUUCUGGCACAAGGCGGUACCGGUUCAGGAAAUUGGUGGGUAGUCCAUUGACACAGAUAGCCACUGUUUUUGUGAGUGCUUGGAGAAAAAGGCACAUGGAAUUACCUUCAGAAGUGUCUCUGCUUUACAACGUUGAUGAUGUUGAAGAGGGAAGCAAGGAGAAGAAGCAAAAGCUGCCACAUACCAAGCAAUUCCGUUUCUUGGACAAAGCAGCGAUCAAGGGCCUAGAAGUGGGCAAGGUAAACAAGUGGAAUUUAGCAACCUUAACAGAUGCGGAAGAAGUGAAAAUGGUAAUUAGAAUGAUGCCCAUUUGGGCUACUACUGUGAUAUUUUGGACUGUCUAUGCCCAGAUGACCACAUUCUCUGUGUCACAAGCCACCACCAUGGACCGUCGCAUCGGAAAAUCUUUCCAAAUACCUGCAGCAUCACUGACGGUCUUCUUUGUUGGUAGCAUUCUUUUGACUGUUCCUGUUUAUGACCGAAUUAUCGUCCCAGUUGCAAGGAGAGUGCUUAAGCAUCCACAAGGGCUAACCCCAUUAAGACGCAUAGGAGUCGGCUUGGUUUUAUCCAUUGUUGCCAUGAUAGCAGCAGCACUCACUGAAAAGAAGAGGCUGAGAGCCGCGAGAUUACAUGGUUUGGCUAAUGAUCCAACGGCCGAGAUCCCACUGAGUGUGUUCUGGCUGGUCCCACAAUUCUUUUUUGUGGGGUCUGGUGAAGCUUUCACAUAUAUAGGGCAGCUUGAUUUCUUCCUGAGAGAGUGUCCAAAGGGGAUGAAGACGAUAAGCACAGGGUUGUUUUUGAGCACCCUUUCUCUAGGGUUCUUUGUCAGCUCUUCAUUGGUUACUAUAGUGCACAAGGUGACUAUAAACAAGCCAUGGUUAUCGGAUAAUCUAAACCAAGGGAGGCUCCAUGAUUUCUACUGGUUGUUGGCAAUUUUGAGUGCUUUGAACUUUUUCAUAUAUUUGAUUUGUGCCAGAUGGUAUGUCUACAAGGACAAGAGGCUCGCCGACGAGGGAAUUGAACUGGACGAAGUUGAUGAGCCCACUCUCCACUGAAAUGUGUUUUAUAUUAUACUUUUUUACACCCUUUUCGCCCUCUUUUGUCUUGGGAAUUGCAGUUUGACAAUGUGUUUAAUUUUAAAUAGUGUUUUAAAAAGAUAACGUAUUAUUGA